AUGGAAAUGGUCAAACUCGAGUCGCAAAAAGAUUAUUUAUCGCUUAAAAAUAGCGUGGAUGACUCAGGGUUCCUAACGCUAGAUACUAAAGAGCGAGUAAUUGCAACUCAAUUGGAUUUGAUUAUAAUGUCUGGACUGGCAUUUGAUCUUAAUAGAAAUAGACUUGGCUACGGCAGGGGAUGUCAAGAAUGGACUAAUCCACCAAAAACUAAUAAUGAUAUUCCAGAAUCUGAAUACGAUCGAAAGCUUGAUUUAAUUUUGUCACCAAAUCAAAAUUUUUAA